AUGGUUCAGGAAGCAUUUACUUGUGGUGAAGUCACAACGCAAGCUACACUGGAGCUCUUUACAUCCCUUGGUGAGCCAGACAACUGUGGCAGCGUCCCUCGCUAUUUCAACGUCUACGGACCCACCGAGACGACUAUAGGUGCUUCAGGAACAUUGAUUAACUAUCUUGGUGAUUCGGUUUCUCAAGAGAUCAGUGCAGGCAAGCCUUUGGCUGGGUAUCUCGUAUACGUCGUGGACGAUAACUUGCAGCCUGUGCCCGUGGGCGUUCAAGGCGAGAUCGUGAUUGGUGGUGCAGGAGUCGGGGGAGGCUACCUGAAAAACCCGGCGCUUUCAUCCCAGGUUUUCAUUCCCAACAUCCGAGCCCCACAGAGUCAUCGUGCCAGAGGCUGGAAUAUGAUGCAUCGCACCGGAGACGUUGGUCGCUGGCGCAAAGAUGGCAAUCUGCUCGUAGAGGGACGCAAGUCCGGCGACACUCAAAUCAAACUUCGAGGGCUUCGAAUCGAUCUGGCUGAGGUUGAGAAUAGUAUGUUGAAGGAAUCCCAAGCUAUGCUAGAGCAGGUGGUCGUGUCCGUCCGCUACCCCACACAGCCUCGAGCUCAGUCGGGUGGAGCAUUUCUUGUUGCACAUAGCAAGUUCCAACCCAACGUCCUCGCAUCCCGUGGCGAACAACAAACUUUCCUGAACAAAGCUCUUGCCUGGCUGUCUCUACUACGGUAUAUGCGUCCUGCUGCAGCCUUUCCGGUGGAACAUUUCCCCAUGCUGGUAUCAGGAAAGCCGGAUUGCAAGGCGGUGGCUAAGUUACCACUCGAGCAAGAAGGAUUGUCUUCCGUUGGGAACACACAAACAGUCUCUGACAGUGAGCUGCUUACAAAGACAGAAGAACGACUGAAACGUCUCUGGGUAGCCUGCACGUCCAGGGAGAUUUCGAAGCAAUAUACCAUUGAUUCGGGCACGGAUUUCUUCCAUGUCGGAAAGAUCGAUCCCAGCGAUAAGACCCAUUCCGGAUCCGGAAUUAACAUCGAUUGGAGUGCAGAGACUGAUGUGCCCAACGCAAUUCAGAAAUCGCUCCUCUCAGCCAAAGCAGUCGACUUUAUGACAACACGGACCAUUAUAUUGACAGGUGCGACUGGAUUUCUGGGUCAGGCUUACUUGAAAGCCUUGUUAUCUGAUUCAAAAGUGACGGCUGUGCACUGCGUCGCUGUCCGCCUAGGUAGCGCUGGCACCAAGCGAUUACUGUCACAGCCAGAUUCCCUUCUUCACCACUCCAAAGUUGAAAUCCAUGCGGGCGAUCUUGCCGAACCCAGGUUGAAAUUGGCCGAGGAAACCAUCACUCGUAUCUUUGGCAUUGCAGACUGCAUCAUCCACAACGGCGCAGACACUUCGCACAUGAAAAGCUGCACAUCGAUUAGGAAAACAAAUUAUGAAUCCACCCAAGAACUGAUCAAGAUGUGUCUGGGCAAGAAUUUUUAG